ACUGAUCUUGAAAAAAUCGAUGGAAAAAAUAUUUCUCCUGCAAGAUGUCAAAGCUAGACAUUAGCCAAACGGGAUAAUGGCCGCAAACGAAUCUUCACAGUCCCGGAAAAAGCCUUCAAACCCUCAGAAUAAUUGCAUAAGGUGGUGAAUUACAUCAAACGAUCUUCGUGUCAUAUACAAUUUUGCACCUAGAAAAUACCCAUGUCUGCUACUUCCCUUCUCUCUGCUGCAUCAAACCCCGUCUUCCCUUACAAUUCUACAAAAAAUUCAGCACAAUCUCUCUCUUUUCAUCAAUCUAAAGUUAGUUCCGCAAUCUUUUAUAGCCCUUUUAUCAAUGAUAAUAACGCAAAAGUUGAAAAAAUCAGCAGCAGCAGCAGCAGCAUUGUGUAUGAAAACGAGGAUUAUGCUGCAAAAGGUUCACGCUUUCCACAAUCUACUUCAGCCAUAAAAGCGCCCACUGCUCCGUGGAUGAAGGGUCCUCUUCUUGUCGAACCCGAUCGAAUUAUGAAACCUACCAAGUCAAGACCUAGAAAAGAUUCCACCUUAGACAAAAUUGAAGAACACCCUGAUAAGGCUUUGGCUGGUAAAGUGAGUGGUGGAAGAGGGCAAAAGGCCAUGAAGAAAAUCUUUCAAGGCAUUGAGAAACUCCAAGAAACCGAAAAUUUGGAGGAGACUCAGAAGGUCCCGGAAAAUGUUAAAUUCAGAUUUGCACCUGGUGACUUGUGGGGUAAUGCGGACUUUGAGAAUGUUGUAGAAGUUGAGGAAGAUUCAGAGGUGGGCCCAAAAAGUUUUGAAACUACUGAAUUAGAUAUUCCAUUUGGGGAGGUUGAAAAUGAAGGGAUAUUGAAGAAAAUGCCAUGGGAGAGAGAUGAGAAAAUGGUGAUUAGGAGGGUAAAAAGGGAUAAGCAGGUCACCACUGCCGAGUUGGUUCUUGAUGGAGUAUUGCUAAAAAGGUUGCGGGGUCAGGCUGCAAUAAUGAGAAAAUGGGUGAAGGUUAAGAAAGCUGGCGUGACUCAAGCUGUUGUUGAUCAAAUUCAUCUUGUCUGGAAGAACAAUGAACUUGCCUUAAUCAAAUUUGAUCUACCCUUGUGCCGAAAUAUGGAGAGAGCUCGAGAGAUCACUGAGGUUUAUGUGAAGACUGGAGGCCUUGUUGUAUGGAAUAAGGAAGAUUUUCUUGCUGUAUAUAGAGGUUGCAACUAUGUACCAUACUCAAGAAAUUAUUCGAAUAUCAGUCACAAGUCAGUUAGUGAUCAAGAAAAUCUAUCCUCAAAUAUGAGUUACCAAAAUACCUGUCAUUUCUCUCUAAUAACAUCAAGUGGAAGUAGUCAAUACAAAAUAAAUGAUGGGAUAGAAGGUGAUUGGGAAAACUUACAUAUCAAUAUAUCACUGUAUGAAAGAGAAGCAGAUAGAUUAUUGUACGGAUUAGGACCACGCUUCGUUGAUUGGUGGAUGCCAAAGCCUUUGCCGGUGGAUGCAGACUUGCUCCCAGAAGUUGCUCCUGGAUUCAAGCCAUCUUUUAGGCUUUGUCCACCUCGCACAAGAUCAAAACUGACAGAUGCUGAACUUACAUAUUUGAGGAAACUUACUCACCCUUUACCAACUCAUUUUGUCCUUGGAAGAAAUAGGAAACUGCAAGGACUGGCGGCAGCCAUUCUGAAAUUGUGGGAGAAGUGUCAUAUUGUAAAAAUUGCUCUGAAGUGGGGAAUUCCCAACACAGACAAUGAGGAAAUGGCAUAUGAACUUAAGAAUCUCACUGGGGGAGUUCUUUUAUUGCGCAACAAGUUCUUCAUAAUUCUCUAUAGAGGCAAGGAUUUUGUUCCCUCUCAAGUUGCAACUCUAGUUGCUGAAAGAGAAAAAGAGCUCACCAGAUACCAACUUCAGGAAGAAGCUGCACGGUUAAAAGCAAGUGAUAUAUCUUCUGUCGCCCACGAGGAUAUAUUGAAGUCUAGCAGCAUUGGAACUUUAUCAGAAUUCCAUAGCAUUCUAUCAGAAUGCAGGAACCUGAAAAACGGGAAGACUGAGGUUGAAGUUCAGCUGGAAGCAGAACGGUGGAGAUUGGAAAAGGAACUCAAAAAUCAAGAGCGAAAGCUUUUCAUUCUUAAGAAGAAGAAAGAAAAAUCAGAUAAAACACUGGCGGCACUAAGUCAGGCCUGGAGACCUUCUGAGCAAGAUUUGGAUCAGGAAUUGAUAACACAAGAGGAGAGAGAAUGCAUGCGGGAGAUAGGAUUGAAGUUAGAUAGCAGUUUGGUGCUUGGAAGGCGCGGUGUUUUUGAUGGUGUAAUAGAAGGCAUUCGUCAACACUGGAAGCACAGAGAAAUUGUGAAAGUAAUUACAAUGCAGAAAAAGUUCUCACAGGUCCUUUACACUGCAAAACUUCUUGAGGCCGAAAGUUGUGGGAUCCUGGUUUCUGUAGAAAAAAUUAAAGAGGGCCAUGCCAUAAUUAUGUAUCGUGGGAAGAACUAUAAACGUCCAAAGUUGUUACCUAGAAAUUUGUUGAAUAGAAGAGAUGCAUUAUCUAGGUCACUUGAAAUCCAGAGAAAUGGAUCAUUGAAAUUUUUUGCCAAUCAAAGAGAGAAGGAAAUUUGUGAUCUGAAACGCAAGCUGGCAAACUUGAACAGAAUCAGUGAUUGAUUGGGUUGGUAUUGGACAAGCUGAUAGCCAUCAGCCAACAUAUACAUCUUAAUGUGAAUUCUUUUCUUCAUUAUGGUGAACUAGCACCUAUGAGAGAGGGAUUUAUCCAUCAAACUAUAUAAUGCACAGAUGAGAUGGGUACCACUCACAUUUCAAAUUACUUAAAAGUUUUCAGGUAAUUUUGAGGUGGGAGGAAGUAAUAUGCUUCACAUUGGUUUUAAAACUGUGACUUGUUCUGGAUUACCUUUUUGGUCGUUCCAUAAAAACUGCCUUAAUUUGGAUGCCGCAUGAUGAACCAGCAGGCACUUUGUCAGGGAAUUGGCCUUGGAACUCAAGUUUGAAUUCGGGGAGACCACAUUACUGCAGUUGAGGAUCACCCAAGAAGGGAUAGCUAAUGUUUUCUAUGACAUGCAUUGAAACUGAUGACCACACUGUAAGUAUCGUGCAUCAUCUGCUGAUAAAAUUGCUGGACUACGGAAAGAACUAUUGUGGGGAUGCUAAGGUUGAAGGGAUCAUAUAAGAAAGGUCGGUGAAACAUUUAGCCUAAUAUUUGCAUUGACGUAUGUAUAAAUGACUUUAUAAGAUAUGUGAAUGGUUCUGGUGAAGAGCAGUUGAGGCAAUAAUCAUGCAAUUGCUGGAAUCAUAUUGAUUUGUUGACAUUUUCAAUAUUUAGAAAUAUUAACAGUCAGAGAUGGCUAAGCUGUCUACUUGACUUGAUGA